CGUCGUCGAGGGUGGAUCGUUCAAAUAGCCUCUUGUCUUAUGUGUCGCGUAGCGUAUUCGUAUCGCGUAACUCUGGUGCGCUUUAACGCAGCAGCCCAUCGCCUCCGGUGUAUCGUGCCUCGAUUUUCCUCUCGGUGUGUAUCACUGUGAAACGGGCACGAGACGAGUGUGUUGGCCGGACGACUCGACGACGAAAGUGACCAGUGGCAAAGUGUGUGCGCGUCGAUUAUUGGCAGCCGGUUCCCUUGUGCUCUUGAGUUUCUUUACCACCACGCAUCUACGUGUUCACGCCCCGUCGUUGUUCCCCCGUUUCGUUUUUCCCUGAGAGCAGUGAAUAACAGUGCGUACAGGCUAUGACCUGGGAUACCGUUGGAUAUACCUGAGGAUAACGGAGACGUAUCCAUUACUCCUGACAGGACUUCGUCGCGACAGGAGGGAGCAACAUAACCUCUUCGAGGGCCUCCGACGAUAAGAUGUACCCUAGUGCCGGUAUGAACGCGGCGGCAGCUGUGGCUGUGGCAGCUGCGGCACGGCACCCGGGUCCACCACAGCCCGGACAACAAAUUAAAUUCACUGUCGGGGAAUCCUGUGACAGAAUUAAGGAGGAAUUCAACUUUCUACAGAACCAAUGUCAUGCCUUGAAACUCGAGUGCGAGAAACUGGCCACGGAGAAGAUCGAGAUUCAACGACAUUACGUGAUGUACUACGAGAUGUCCUAUGGCCUAAACGUGGAGAUGCACAAACAGGCUGAAAUUUCCAAGAGACUGAACGCCAUCAUUGGCCAAAUCCUGCCAUUUCUAUCUCAGGAACAUCAACAGCAGGUCGCAACCGCUGUCGACAGAGCUAAGCAGGUUACGAUGACGGAACUGAACUCUAUAAUAGGGCAACAGAGACCCGACAUAUCGAGGUUGUUGCAGCAAAUGCAUGCCCAGCAACUGCCACCGGCCGCGGCGAUAGGCGCUCAUCCCGGUCUACCCGGACUUCCGGGACUAGGGCCAGCUGGUGGACUUCCGGUGCCGACUUCCGCCUCGACCGCUCUGACUCCGGGAGCCGCGAGUGCGCCCGGCACAACGGCGGCGCAUCCGCUUUCGAUGCUCGGCAAACCGGAACUGCAUCGGGGCCAGCCCGAUGAUUUGAAGAGCAACGGCGGUCUCAGCUCCACCGAGGAGAGACACAGAAGCUCGAUAUCGCCCGGUGAUAAAUACAGUCGUCCCCGGACACCGCAGGAGACCCAUCAUUCCCAUCAUUCGCAGAAUCACCACGAUCAUCCGAUGCACAUCAAGAAAAUGAAAAAGGAGCAGGAUAAAGACAUCGGUCACAGCGACGGUGAGAAAAGCGAUCAGGAUCUGGUCGUGGACGAUGCCAGCGAGGGACCAACCAGCCCGGUGGUGAACGGCACGACGUCGCCUCGUGAGAACGGCCUUGACAAAGUGGUGCCCGCGAUGGGCGCCGGUGUGCAGACCAAAAAAGACGUGCCGCCCCAUUCGCCUAGGAGCGGGACCAGCAGCAACGCUAGCACACCGUCCGCCAAGAAGAUGGAGGAACGGGAGAAACCAACCACACCGAUCUCAAAGCCAUUGACGCCAACCUCCGGCUCUGGGAUCGGCGGGGGCGGUUUGAAACCCUCCGGAUCGGGGAAGCUACUUCAGGGACCACCGCCUCCCGGUGUACCGAGCGCCUAUCUGCCGCACUAUCCACCAGGGCCGCCUUCUCACCAUCUGGCACCAGCUGGCCAGCAUCCACACGUCGACAUGAUGGGCUAUAACGGCUACGUGGCGCCUCGAGCACCACCGUCGCAACUAUACGAUCCCCACGUGGCCAUGAGGAAUCCCAUGGGAUCGGUUGGGGUACCCGGAGGCAAACCUGCGUACAGCUUCCACGUGUCGAGCGAGGGCCAGAUGCAGCCGGUGCCCUUCCCACCGGAUGCGCUGGUCGCACAAGGGAUACCGCGUCAUGCGAGGCAAAUUAAUACCCUCAGCCACGGAGAGGUCGUGUGCGCCGUCACGAUCUCGAAUCCGACCAAGUACGUGUACACCGGCGGCAAAGGAUGCGUCAAGGUCUGGGACAUCGGGCAGGGCGGUACAGGAAGCACCAAGUCGGUCUCCCAGCUCGACUGUCUGCAGCCUGACAACUACAUCAGGUCGGUGAAGUUGCUACCGGACGGAAGGACCCUCAUAGUCGGCGGUGAGGCGAGCCGGCUGAGCAUCUGGGAUCUGGCCAGUCCAACGCCGAGGAUCAAGGCCGAAUUAAUCUCUUCCGCCCCCGCCUGCUACGCUCUGGCCAUCUCGCCGGACUCGAAAGUCUGCUUCAGCUGCUGUAGCGACGGCAACAUCGCUGUCUGGGAUCUUCAGAAUCAGACGCUGGUCAGACAAUUCCAAGGUCACACGGACGGGGCGUCUUGCAUAGACAUUUCAGCGGACGGAUCGAAACUGUGGACCGGAGGUCUCGACAACACCGUGCGUUCCUGGGACCUGAGGGAGGGCAGACAGCUCCAACAACACGAUUUCACCUCGCAGAUAUUCUCCCUCGGUUACUGUCCCACCGGCGAAUGGCUGGCGGUCGGCAUGGAGAACUCGAACGUCGAGGUGCUGCACGCCACCAAACCGGACAAGUAUCAGCUCCAUUUGCACGAGUCCUGCGUGUUGUCGCUGAGAUUCGCAUCCUGCGGCAAAUGGUUCGUCUCCACCGGCAAGGACAAUCUGUUGAACGCGUGGCGCACGCCUUACGGUGCCUCGAUAUUCCAGUCGAAGGAAUCGUCCUCGGUGCUUAGCUGCGACAUAUCCGCGGACGACAGGUACAUCGUGACCGGUUCCGGGGACAAGAAAGCGACCGUCUAUGAGGUGAUAUACUGAACGGGACCGCAACGGGGAACGCCGGACCGAUACGCCUCGAGGGGGCUCGUCGUUAUCUGGAUGUACAUAAGUUCUUAUACAACACUAUGAGAGAGAAAGAGACCGUUUGUUGCCGUUGUUCUUGUUAUUGUUGUUGUUGUUACUCUUGGCGAGGAAGGCAAUGGGUGGAAGGAUCGGCGCGAGAACGAGCCGAGCGAACCGGUAGACCUCGUUUGAAAUCGUUCGAUCCGGAAUGAAUCGUGACCGAACGCGCUGUGUGUGCGCAGCCGGGGAGAAAGAGAGAGACACAUAUUGGGUGAUCGUUCGAUCGGUCGGUGUUGAUUCGACGAAAAUAUAUCUACGUAUCCGAUAAUCGACGACGAAGGAAUCGAUGACCGUGUUCUUGGUUCCUGUCCGAAAUUGUUUUAAAAUAAUACACAGGAGAAGACCGAUGGACUUUCAUCCAAGGUAAAAUAUUUUGUAAUCGACUUGGUAUCGGUUCGUUCCGCUACGUCGCGCAUAGAAUCGUCAUUCGGCGGCGAGACCGCGCGUUAAAUUAGUGUAAAAGAAAAAAAAAAGAAAAGAAAAAGGAACGCUGGCAUUCGUAAUCGCGUUUUCCUCUGUACAUUUUGUAUAUACGUAUACAUAUUAUAUAUAUACAUAUAUAUAUUAUAUUUCAAUCUUUAAGCAUACCGUCAAUAUUUUUCUACGUCCCCUAAAAGUGAGACGAAAGGCGAAUUAAAUGAAAAUGAAAUGUUGUAAAUAUUGUCAGGCUUAGAAAACAUAAGAGAAAACAUCGAGGCGAGA